AUGCCUCCUCGUAAAUUUAAGCCUUUUGUCCCUGGACAGGUUUUCACUGGCCAAAACUUCCAGCCUGGUGGUUUUGUACCCAGUACAGUCCGCCAGGCCACUAGUGCGACCCCGUCAGCACCAACAUCAGGCACUGCGUCACCUGCAGGUUCUGCUAACUCUUCUCAAAUCAACCUCGCGGCGCUUUCUGCUGCUUUGAAAGAACUAGACGAUACUCCUAUCAAAGACGACUUUGAGGUUAUUUUGAAAGCGGAGAAUAUUGCCGCUCUCAAGCCUGCAGCCCAGUCUAUUGCCGAUAAGCUCUUUGAAUCAGGGGCGGAUAAAAUCGCUUCCUGGAAAUUUAUCAAUGCUAUUGAAACUCUUGCAAAGUCCAGAAAGAGUGCAAUUGCCCGUGAAGCUGCAGGGCUCACCGUAUCAGCAGUUGCAUACAAGUUUGGACCUGAUAACUUGGCCCAAGCAUACCUGCUGCCGGUUUUUUCACUUUUUUAUGAGUUGCAAGUUGAUAAAGACUCUGGUGUUCGGCGCUCGGCAACUUCUGCGAUCAACACUUUGCAUGGCAUCUACAACCCAGAGGUACUGGCCUCCUCUGUCUUGAACGAAGUUCUUGAUUAUUUGGACAGCGGAGCGAAAUCUCAGAGCAAAAUGGCCGCAGCAAAAACUGUCGAGUACAUUUUGGAGGAGUGUCCGGAUGAUUAUAUAGACUCACGUUUCGUGGAUGCCAUCCCUGUUUUGACCAACCUCCUGCAUGAUUUCAAGCCAGAAGUCGCCAAAGAAGCCCACAAGCUCAUGACCACUUUUAUGGGCAAGCUCGAUAACCAGGAUGUCACUCCCCGAAUUGAUAUUAUCAUUGCUACUCUUGCCGACCCCAAGAAGGUCCAAGAGUGUAUCAAGACCCUAAGCCAUGUCACAUUCGUCACUGAGGUGACAGAGAGUGCUUUGGCUGUGUUGGUGCCCAUCUUGACCCGAGCUCUUUCUGUCUUUUCUUCGCAGGACUCGCUCCGUCAGACAGUCACUGUUACUGAGAACCUUACCCGUCUGGUCCACAACCCCUGGGAGGUCAAGCAUUUCAUUCCUGAGCUCAAACCUCUGGUCGAAAGUGUUGUCAAGACCGCUUCUCUUCCAGAGGUGCGUGAGCUUGCUUCCAAGGCUUUGACCGUUCUUGAGAGUGCCGAAAAAGAAAGUGCUGAGCGCACCAAAAUCACUAUGGAUAUGGCCCAAGACACCGUUGCAUCUCUUCCUGUUGCCGACUAUGCUGCGCCUAUCGUUAAGCUUACAGUAAACUGCCGCGAGUUUUCACAGCUCGAGCACUACCUGAAGCUUUGUGGAAUGGAUCGUGACAAGGCCGUUGCCACCAAGACCGAGUUUGAAAACAUGUUUGCUGAUUCCCGUAUCCCUGAAGAUGAUCAGGAGGGCAUUGAGAUUGUCAACGCCAAGUUCUCGCUUGCCUACGGUGGCCGCAUGCUACUAAACAAAACCACGCUUCGUUUGUUCAAGGGCCACCGCUAUGGUCUUUGUGGUCGCAACGGUGCAGGAAAAUCCACUCUGAUGCGCUCAAUCGCCGAGGGUAAGCUUGAAGGUUUCCCAGACAAGUCAGAGGUUCGCACUUGUUUUGUGGAGCAUCGUCUCCAAGGAUCUGAGGCCGACAUGGAUCUCGUGAACUUUAUUGCUCUUGAUGGUGAAAUUCAUGCUCCAAAGGAGGAAAUCGCUGCUGCCCUGGCUGAGGUCGGGUUUGACGAGACUCGUCGUGCCCAAAACGUGGGUGCAUUGUCUGGUGGUUGGAAGAUGAAACUUGAGCUGGCCCGUGCCAUGUUGAUGAAAGCAGACAUUUUGCUUUUGGAUGAGCCCACGAAUCACCUUGAUGUGCAGAAUGUCAAGUGGCUUCAAGAUUAUCUUGUCGAGCACACUGACAUCACUUCCCUGAUUGUAUCGCACGACUCUGGUUUCCUCGAUGCAGUUUGCACUGACAUCAUUCACUACGAGCAAAAGAAGCUGGUGUACUAUAAAGGCAAUCUCUCGGAGUUUGUCAAGAUUCGGCCGGAGGGUAAAGCGUACUACACGCUCACAGACUCGGCCGUGAAAAUGGCGUUCCCUGCUCCCGGUAUUUUGACUGGUGUGCGCUCUCAAACCCGUGCUAUUGCUCGAAUGAGCGAUGUAUCAUUCACAUAUCCUGGUGCUGCCAAGCCAUCUCUCGAGCACGUCUCUUGCUCUGUCUCUUUGUCUACUCGUGUGGCUGUUCUGGGACCCAACGGUGCCGGUAAGUCGACUCUGAUCAAAUUACUUACUGGCGAACUUGUGGCAACCAGUGGUACUGUUGAAAAGCACCCCAAUUUGCGUAUUGGUUACAUUGCCCAGCAUGCCUUCCAGCAUGUUGAGAAGCACAAGGAGCUGACACCGAACCAGUACCUCCAAUGGCGUUAUCGUAAUGGUGACGACCGCGAGGUCCACUUUAAGCAGUCUCGUCAGAUGAGCGAAGAGGAGCGUGAGACCAUGGCCAAGCCAAUUGAUCUAGGUGAUGGUGGACGUCCACGUGUUUUGGAGGCUAUUAUUGGUCGCCAGAAACUCAAGAAGUCGUUCCAGUAUGAAAUCCAAUGGAAGGGAUUUUUGCCCAAGCACAACACGUUUAUGCCUCGUGAGGAGCUUAUUGAGCGGGGCUUUGGCAAGCUUGUUCAAGCCUUUGACGACCACGAGGCCUCGCGUGAGGGUCUUGGCUACCGUGAAUUGGCUCCGCCUGUCAUUCGCAAGCACUUUGAAGAUGUUGGUCUUGAUGGCGACAUUGCUGAUCACACUCCGCUAGGCUCUCUGUCUGGUGGCCAGCUGGUCAAGGUUGUCAUUGCCGGUGCGACCUGGAACAACCCCCACUUGCUUGUUCUCGAUGAGCCGACGAAUUAUCUUGAUCGUGACUCUCUCGGUGGUCUGGCAAUUGCCAUUCGCGACUGGUCCGGAGGUGUCAUCUUGAUUUCGCACAACAAUGAGUUUGUGGGUGCUCUCUGUCCCGAGCAGUGGAUUAUCAACGAUGGUAAAAUGGUCACCAAGGGCAAAGCUGCUGUCCAGAGCGACAGAUUUGACACCCCGACCCCCGACUCGUCGGCACCUCCUUCAGCGUCCGCUUCGGCCCACACCUCGGAUGCCGACAGCCCGCUGAACAUCAAGAUCCGCAAGAAGAAGAAGAAGCUUACCCGUAACGAGCAGAAGGAGCGUGAUGUGCGUCGUAGGUUGCGUUACUUGGAGUGGUUGGCAGCACCGAAAGGAACCCCCAAGCCUGAGGAUACUGACAGCGAGUAG